GUGGCUCACAGUAUACAUGCCUGCAUGCUCUGGCAGAGGAUCUAGGAAGGUUGGCGGUCAGAGGCAGAGGAGAAAGGCGGCCACGCACAUGAUGAUCGGAGACUUCGUCGCUUGAAACCCGACAACUCAGAUCUUCGAGUCCAGCUCCCAUCUCAGAAAAGGCACCAUGAUUCCUGUGAUGGAAUUCCGGCAGUUUUCUGAACAACAGACAGCGUUCAGAGUCCUGAAGCCGUGGUGGGAUGUGUUCACUGACUAUCUGUCUGUAAUGAUGCUCAUGAUUGGCGUCUUUGGAUGUACUCUUCAGGUAAUGCACGAUAAAAUUAUAUGCCUUCCUCAGAGAAUAUCAUUGCCUCCAGACAACAGCAGUGAAGUAGAGUUGAAGUCACCAUUACAUCUGCAGUCCAACACCUCAACUGUACCAACAGGCCUGAAGACCAAUCUAGAUCUUCAACAGUACAGUUUCAUCAACCAAAUGUGCUAUGAGAAUGCCUUGCAUUGGUAUGCCAAAUACUUUCCCUAUUUGGUGCUCAUGCACACUUUAGUUUUCAUGGUGUGUAGCAACUUCUGGUUCAAGUUCCCUGGCUCAAGCUCUAAAAUAGAGCAUUUUAUCUCUAUGCUUGGCAAGUGCUUUGACUCUCCCUGGACCACACGAGCUUUGUCGGAAGUGUCUGGAGAAAAUCCAGAAGAACAGGAUCAUAAAAAGGACACCGCUUCUAGGUCUAACAUUCCUAUGUCUCCGGGGGAAGGCAGCCUCGAGAAGACGCAGUCCCUGCGUUCUAUUGCCGAAAAGAUUGUUGUUGACCAGCCAUCAGCAAGUGUUCUUGAUAAAAAAGAGGGUGAACAAGCUAAAGCUCUGUUUGAAAAGGUGAAGAAGUUCCGUUUGCAUGUUGAGGAAGGAGAUAUCCUUUACCUCAUGUAUGUUUGCCAGACUGUAUUCAAGGUGUUUAAAUUCCUUUUGAUCAUUGCUUAUAACAGCGCUCUAGUAAAUAACGUAAAUAAUACAGUACAUUGCAACGGUAUCGAGGAGAUCCAGAACAUGACAGGCUACAAAGUCUUCGAAUGCAAUCACACCAUGGCUCAUCUCUUUUCUAAGUUGUCUUGCUGUUACCUGUUCUUGGUGUCUGUCUAUGGAUUAACAAGCCUCUACACCUCCUACUGGCUGUUUUACCGCUCACUGAAAGAAUACUCAUUCGAGUAUGUGCGACAGGAAACGGGGAUCAGUGACAUCCCAGAUGUCAAGAAUGACUUUGCUUUCAUGCUUCACAUGAUUGACCAGUAUGACCCGCUGUAUUCCAAACGAUUUGCAGUUUUUCUCUCCGAAGUCAGUGAGAACAAACUGAAACAGCUCAGUCUCAACCAUGAGUGGACUGCAGAGAAACUGCGUCAGAGACUCCAGACCAACUCCAACAACAAACUUGAACUACAGCUGUUCAUGUUCCCUGGUUUACCCGACACUGUCUUUGAACUGACAGAGCUGCAGUCACUCAAGCUGGAACUCAUCAACAAUGUCACCAUCCCUGCCUCAAUCUCACAGCUGCAAGAUCUUCAGGAGCUGUCUCUUUACCAGUGCUCUUUAAAGUUGCACACAACUGCUACAUCUUUCCUCAAAGAGAACCUGAAAGUGCUUCGUGUGAAGUUCGACGAUAACAGGGAACUUCCAAACUGGAUGUAUGGCCUGCGAAAUUUAGAGGAGCUCUAUCUUACUGGGUCCCUCAGCUCUGAUGCCUCCAAGAAUAUAGUUCUUGAGUCUCUGCGGGAAAUGAAGUGUCUCAAAACACUCUCCCUUAAGAGCAGCUUAACCAAGAUACCCCAGUCGAUUGUGGAUGUUUCCAGCCAUCUGCAGCAACUCUAUUUACACAACGAUGGCACUAAGCUAGUAAUGCUCAACAACCUGAAAAAGAUGACCAAUCUAAUAGAGCUGGAGCUAGUGCGCUGUGAUCUGGAGCGCAUUCCGCAUGCAGUCUUUAGCCUAACAAGUCUGCAAAAGCUUGACCUGAAAGAGAAUAACCUUCGUUCGAUAGAGGAGAUUGUCAGCUUCCAGCAUCUGCGGAAGCUCACUUGCCUCAAACUCUGGUACAACAGCAUCAUGUAUAUCCCAGAGCAUAUCAAAAAACUCGGCAGCUUAGAGCACCUCUACUUCAGCCACAACAAGAUUGAGAUAUUGCCUUCACACCUGUUCUUGUGCAACAAGCUGCGCUACCUGGACCUAUCUAACAACGACAUCCGUUUCAUUCCUCCAGAAAUCGGAGUUCUUCAGAGUCUGCAGUACCUUUCUGUCUCUUGUAACAAAAUUGAAAAUCUACCAGAUGAACUGUUCUUUUGCAAAAAGCUGAAAACGCUAAAGCUUGGCAAGAACUCGCUGUCCAAACUCUCGCCAAAAAUAUCCUAUCUAGCUCAUCUGACCUACCUGGAGCUCAAAGGCAACCACUUUGAGUUCCUGCCACAGGAGCUUGCUUUCUGUCGCGCUUUGAAGCGCAGUGGCCUUAUAGUGGAGGAGACACUGUUUGAAACUCUGCCUUCAGAUGUCAGGGAUCAAAUGAAGGCUGAGUUGUUUUCUGUUGCAGGAAUGUUCACGCUCACAGAAGUAGCCUCCCUGAAUGACAUCCAGCCAACUUACAGAAUACUGAAGCCAUGGUGGGAUGUCUUCAUGGAUUAUCUUGGUAUUGUCAUGUUGAUGUUGGCCAUAUUUUCUGGAACCAUGCAGUUAACUAAGGACCAAGUGGUUUGUCUUCCCAUUCUGGAGCAAACUCCAGAGGGGUCCGGGGGUUUCUUGGAACCUGAAGCGCCAGAGCCAACCAAUGGCUUUUGGAACAAAGAGAGUGCCAUUGGGGAGCAAGCUGCUCCUCUCAUGGCUAAAAGGCCUCCCGACAGCGUCACGCCUACCAUUCACUUCACACAACCAGCUACCAUCGGACAGCCCUAUCCUACAGGCGUCAGGACCAAGCUGGAUUUUCAGCAGUAUGUUUUUGUCAACCAGAUGUGCUACCAUGUCGCCCUACCUUGGUAUUCAAAAUAUUUCCCAUACCUUGCUCUAAUUCACACUAUUGUGUUGAUGGUCAGUAGCAACUUCUGGUUCAAAUACCCCAAAACAAGCUCAAAAGUAGAACAUUUUGUUUCCAUACUGGGAAAGUGUUUUGAAUCACCUUGGACUACCAAAGCUCUGUCUGAGACUGCGUGCGAGGAUUCGUCAGAGAACAAGCAGAGGCUGGCCGGGGCCUCCUCUCUCCUGAAACAUCUGUCCACAAGUAGCGAGGAGGGGAGUCCGAACCAGUCCGCUCCGGUGCUGACUAAAUCUGGGGUUACCUUUUCUGCUGAAAAGCUUGUGAGUGAAAUUCCCUCCAUGACUAUACUGGACAAGAAAGAUGGCGAGCAAGCGAAGGCCCUGUUUGAGAAAGUUCGGAAAUUCCGUGCUCAUGUUGAAGACAGUGAUUUGAUUUAUAGACUCUAUGCCAUACAGACAGUUAUCAAAACUGUGAAAUUUAUUUUGAUCCUGUGCUACACAAUGACGUUUGUUGCUUAUAUAGAUUUUGACCAUGUGUGUGAGCCUGAAAUAAAGCAUUUGACUGGAUAUACCAAGUUCCAUUGUACACAUAACAUGGCAUUUAUGUUAAACAAGCUCCUUGUUAGUUAUAUUGCUCUCAUAUGCGUUUAUGGCGUGAUCUGCAUAUACACACUGUUCUGGCUUUUUCGGCGACCACUCAAGGAGUAUUCCUUUGAAAAAGUCAGAGAGGAGAGCAGCUUCAGUGACAUUCCUGACGUUAAAAAUGACUUUGCAUUCCUCCUCCACAUGGUUGAUCAAUACGACCAGCUGUAUUCAAAGCGUUUUGGGGUUUUUCUCUCUGAGGUGAGUGAGAAUAAACUUCGGGAAAUCAGCCUGAACCAUGAAUGGACAUUUGACAAGUUGCGCCAGCAUGUAACGCGCAAUCCUCAAGAUAAGUCGGAACUUCAUCUUUUCAUGCUGUCUGGAGUUCCUGAUGCUGUGUUUGAUCUCACUGACUUGGAAAUUCUGAAACUAGAAUUAAUCCCAGAAGCCAAAAUAACAGCGAAGAUCUCACAAAUGAUAAACCUCCAGGAGCUGCACUUCUACCACUGUCCUGCCAAAGUUGAGCAGACCGCUUUCAUUUUCCUUCGUGAUCACCUCCGAUGCCUUCAUGUCAAAUUCACAGAUGUUGCAGAGAUUCCUAGCUGGGUAUACAUGUUGAAAAAUUUAAGGGAACUCUACUUGGUGGGUAACCUGAACUCUGAAAACAACAAACUGAUUGGACUUGAGUCCCUACGAGAUCUCAGGCACCUGAAGAUUCUGCACCUUAAAAGCAACCUCACAAAGAUCCCUACAAACAUAACCGACCUGUCACCACAUCUGUUAAAGCUGGUUAUUCAUAAUGAUGGUACAAAGCUCUUAGUGCUGAACAGUUUGAAGAAAAUGAUGAACCUUGCAGAACUGGAACUGCAUAACUGUGAACUGGAACGAAUCCCUCAUGCCAUCUUCAGUUUGAACAACCUUCAGGAACUUGAUCUCAAAUCCAACAACAUUCGCACCAUUGAAGAGGUCAUCAGCUUUCAGCACCUGAAAAGACUAACGUGUCUCAAACUUUGGCACAAUAAGAUCAUCACUAUUCCACUGUCAAUCAGCCAUGUUAAAAACCUGGAGUCGCUCUAUCUCUCACACAACAAGCUGGAAUCUCUACCUUCACCAUUAUUCACACUUCUCAAGUUGCGGCACCUCGAUGUUAGCCAUAAUUCUAUAGUGGUAAUCCCACCAGAGGUGGGCUUUCUCCAGAACCUCCUAUAUUUUGCCAUUGCAGGGAACAAAGUCGAGGCACUCCCCAAGCAACUGUUCAAAUGCACCAAACUAAGGACUUUAUGCCUUGGCCACAACUGUAUCUCCUCUGUUCCAGAGAAAAUUGGCCAACUUUCUCAGCUCACACAUCUGGAAUUGAAGGGAAACUGUCUGGAUCGUCUCCCAGCUCAGCUCGGUCAGUGUUCCCUCCUUCGCAGGAGCUGCCUGAUUGUGGAGGAUCAUCUCUUUGACUCACUUCCAAUUGAAGUAAAAGAGAGCAUCAAUCAGGAAACCAGUGUUUCUUUUGCUAAUGGAUGUAAAUGUUUAAGUGAUGGACGGUAGUUACAUCCUAUAUGACAUCAAAUGUCGGCCAUUUUCUCUCAAAUCUUUGUUUUUUAAGUGCAUCACUGCUAGAAAAAAGCUGACUAGAGUGCACAUGUUGGUCUCUUAGGGUUGUACACAGUAAACAUAGUAUAGCAAAUACAGGGUUGGUACCACUGGAAAUGUCAUGGCUUGUGUCUUGUCUUGAUUUCUUUCCUUUUUCCUUUUAGUUUUAGUUAUUGUAAAUGCAUAGCAGCACCUCAAACACCUUAUACUUCUUACCAUAGUAUUCACAAACAUCUAUAGUAGAUUAAUGGGAAACUAUAUGUUAUUGAAAGUGUACCCCUUUAUUGGGGUGACUUAAUUUGUUUUUUUGUUUGUUUUGUUUUUUCAGAUUAACUUUACGAUGAGUAUUUUGUGUAAAGAGUGAGAUGAAAAGGAUUGAUGCCUGCAUGCAUCUCCAGCCAUAUCUGACAAUGAAGUAUAAAACUGCAACCUGGAGAUGAUUAGCUUAGUUUAGCUUAGCUUCGCAAAAAGAUUGGAAAAAUGGGGAAACAGCUACAAUCCGUGAACUGACCAUGAAAUUAAAUUCAUGCAUAUUUAAAGUUAAAUAAGUAGCAUACAGUAUUCAUCUUGUUUGUUGAACAAAAUCAAGUGGUUUCUCCGCAUUUUUAGUCUUUAAUAUUGAGCUCAGCUAACUGUAGCUCUAUAUUUAGCAUGAAUACAUUCUAUCAAUCUUUUCAUGUAACUCUCACAAAAAAAGUAUUAUUUCUCAAAAUGGCAGCACUUUAAUCAGAUAACGUUCAUUUCUUUGUUUUUGUGUGUGCCUUAUUUAUUUUCUGUUGUUUUUGCUGUUUUCUCUUUUAACAAACAUUUUACAUUUAAUACUUAAAGUUAACAGAAGCAUCUCUUUCCAGAAACAAUGUUGUCAUUUUCCUGGAUAAUAAACAGAGCUCACUGGUUUUACUGUUUUUAUCAAGCACUUUAUCUCUACUUUCAAAUGGAAUCUGUACGAGAGAGAUAACAGGGUGCCGUUUAUGGGAAGCGGUAUCGCUUUUUGGAUUUUUUUUUAAAUGCAUUUCAGUUACAAUUACAGAGAUGUGCUUAAAACUACAAAACCAAAGCUAUCAUGGAGACUGUAAAUGAGGAUGUGAUUUGAAUCCUUCAAAAAUCUCAACUUCAUCUAUAUUGUUAUUGUAAACAUUUCAAAACUGUUAGUGUCAGGAACCUCACUUCUCAUGCACAACAAGCUGGAGUCUUGACCUUCACUGUUAUUCACCCUCCUCAUGUACUACCACUAACCAAUAAACCACAGUUAACUGUAUACUCUCAUUAACCGAUUCCACCUUCUUUAGGCUUAUCAUGCAUUUUGAAGAUGUACACCUAUAUGUUGAAAUUUCCAUUAACCUCUUUUGCUACUGCUUCAGUUUUUAAUUAUCUUUUUUUUUCUUUUUUAAUGAAUAGACACCAUAAUCCUUUCAGCCAAAUCACAAAGAUGCUUUGUUUAAUUAUUAUUUUUACUUUAGCUGUUAUGUCUAGUUAUGUUGUACUGUUCUGAUCAGUAUAUUUCUCAUGUAUUUUUUGUGUAUUUACAUUGUGUUUUCUGUGUUUUUCUGCACAGCACUUUGUAAACCUGUUUCUAAAAUGCGCUAUGAUAUAUAAUAAAGGAAUGCUACACAGUUAUUAUUGCUAUUAUGAAAUGCUAGAAAUUAUAAUAAAAUUGCACUGAAAUACU